AUGGUUUCCCUCUGGCGAACGAUACGGAAUAUUCAAAGGACAGGCGUUGGCCAAUGGUGGAGGCAGAUGCAAUACAUUGGUGACGCCAAGUCCGGACGAUUUGUUGGCGCUGACCAGUUCGGAAACCGUUACUUCGAGAACAGAAAUGCUGAAGAAGAGGUUCCUGGUCGGCAUCGAUGGGUGGACUUCGUCCAGCACGAUUUCAACGCGACUCAAGUUCCCGCUGAAUGGCACGCUUGGCUGAGCCACAUUCGCAAAGACCCACCGACCGAGGAUCCUGUUAUGCAGAAUCUCUCUCCGCCUUGGAAGGCCCCCUGGGUGGAGAACUUGACUGGAACUCGAGGAGCAUACAAGAGCUACAACACUGUCGUGCCAAAGAUCAGCUCUUGGGAACCCAAGGUCAAGGCUCGCGGUUAA